AUGUGGAUAUUACUGCUGUUUUUCAGUCAAAGAAGAGCUCAGUACUUCAAGAACGAGGAGAGCAAGAAGAUAGAAAUAGAAUUUCCCAGAGGUUUCCAGUACAAAAUACAGCGGAGAGCCCUUCGGAAGGAGGAUUUUAUUAAUUAUAUUCAGUAUGAAAUUAAUCUGCUGGAACUGAUCAAGAAAAGAAGAGCACGCAUUGGAUAUUCAUUUAAGAAGGAUGAAAUUGAGAACUCUAUUCUCCAUAGAGUCCAUAGCCUCUUCAACCGUGCUACAGGAAAAUGGAAAGAAGAUGUCCAGCUUUGGCUUUCGCACGUUGCAUUUUGCAAGCAGUGGAAUGCAAAACAUCAGCUUAGUAAGGUGUUUUCUUCCAUGUUGGCCAUUCAUCCCAAUAAACCAGCACUGUGGAUUAUGGCAGCAAAAUGGGAAAUGGAGACACAACUCUCAUCAGAAAGUGCCAGGCACUUGUUCCUUCGUGCUUUACGCUUCCAUCCAGAGUGCCCAAAACUUUAUCAAGAAUAUUUCAGAAUGGAGCUGAUGCAUGCUGAAAAACAGAGGAAGGAAAAGAAAGAAUUUGAACAAGCAAAGAUGGACUUGGGGGAAUUCAAUUAUUCUGAAGAGAUUCUCAAUGGGGAAAUGGCUCGCAUAAUCUACAGGGAUGCUGCUCAGAAGAUUAAAGGUGUUGAGUUCCAUGUGGCUGUGCUUUCUAUUGCAAAGCUUUUUGAUUUUACCCAAGAUUUGCAAAAAGAAAUUCUUGAAAGUUUGCAGACCAAGUAUGCUGAUGAUCCUCUUACAUGGGACUACAUGGCCCGUCGUGAGCUGGAGCUGGGGUCCCUGCAGUCCACAGAACACACCACGAAACAGAUGAAAGUAUCUGAAAUGACCCAGAGAGAGGAGCGGUGCUGUGCAGUCUUUGAAGAGGCUGUGAGAGCAGUCCCAACAGAGGACAUGUGGAAAUGCUACAUCACUUUUUGCUUGGAGAGAUAUAACAGGAAAACCAACAGUGAAGAAUUAAAGCAAAAGAGGCUGGAGAGGACACUGAGUGUGUUCCACAAAACCCAUGAAUCCAGUUUGCUGCCAGAAGCUCUCUAUAAGCAGUGGGUUCAGCUAUUACUGGAGUCCAACCUCUUUGAGACGGCUACGGAGGUGGCAGAAGCUGCAACUAAGCGCUUCAGCCUGUCAAUGGAAAUGUGGCAGAUGAGGCUGCAGGUGCUGAUCCAACUGAAGAGUGACGCUGUGACCCAGUGUUUUGAAGACGCCGUUAAGCGUGUGAAAUCUAAGGGCACUUUGCCAUUAUGGAGCCUCUGGGUGGAAUGGAGUGAAGGCACAAACAGCAAGGAAGACACAGAAGCUCUCUACUGGGUACUUAGCUAAUAGAAAUCUACUUUUUGUGACAGUGUGUAAAUAAAGAGGAACAAUUAUCUUGACUGGACUUACAGAAAUGGUGGUUAUAAGAAAGUUAAAAGAGUCUUUACCAGCCUGUGUGAAAAUCGUCCAUUUUCACUUGACUUCUUCAGGAAGAUGAUCCAAAUAGAAAAGGAGCAAGAAUCCUGCAAAAUGCUUCAUCUGAGAGAAUACUAUGAACGUGCCUUGAGAGAGUUUGGUUCAACAAAUUCUGACCUCUGGCUGGAUUAUAUCAAAGAGGAGCUAAGUCAUCCCCAAGGCAAACCAGAAAACUGUGGGAGCAUUCACUGGCGAGCUAUGAAGAUGUUGCAGGGAGACCUGGUGGAAGACUUUGUUUCCAAAUACACUUUAUUGCAAACUGGACAUUUAUGAAAAACUAUAAAUAGCUACAACAUGACAGUGUGGAUUUUUU